AUGCAGUUCUUCAAGGUUCUUACUUUCUCUGCUUUCGCCGCCAUGGCUACCGCUGCUGCCCUUCCUGCCCCCGAGGCUGCUCCUGCCCCGGUCCCUGUGGCUGCUCCUGUGGCUGAGCCUGGAUUCGGAAGCCUUCUUUUUAAGGCGCUGCGCAAAGGCGCUGAUAUCUGGUCGGACAGCGACGACAAUGACGACGACGAUGACAGCAACUAG